UUUCGAAAUAUUCUAUUCAUGUUUAAACUUGGAGAUGGAUAUUUUUCCCAAAUCAAAUGUCCGAAUGUAUCAGGAAAUUCCCAAUGUAAUAUUAUAAAUUGUAUUUUUAAACAUGAUAACCUGAAAAAGAGAUCAUUAGAUGAACUGGUUGAAGUUUCUUCUAAUAAAAGAAGUGAUAAUACUACAAAGACGUCAGAAGUUAAAGAUAUAACCAUCCUCUUACCUAAAGCAGUAUCACAUAUAUCAGUUUCUAGAAGUGAAAGAACCCAAAUAACCAGAAAGAUAGCCGAUCAUUUCAGAAAGGAAUCGAAAACUCCAAAUAAGGAUGCAAUUGAUAAAGAAUACGAACUUUGUUGUUCGAGUAAAAGUAUAGAAGAAUAUAACACGAAUGUGGCGAACUAUAUUAAAUCAAUUCUGGCCCCAGAACUUAAAGAUCCUAGAUUUAUAUUACCGAAGGAAAUGAAGAGUGGAGCACCUGCGAUGAUUCAAGUGAGAAAGAAAUUCAUUCAACUGAUCGUGGACGUUUACAAACAAGUAACUCCUGAACUUAAAACACCAAUACUAAGGGCGAUCAAGGAUGAAUAUGGAAUUGCCACCAAAACUACUGGUAAUACUUAUGGACCUACUAUAAAAAGGUUUGUAUAUGACCUCAAGAGGAAUGGAGGCACCAUCAAGACUGAACCAUUAAAUGCAACUAAAGACUUGAGCGACCUGGAGCUAUUAUCAAGACUUGAGAAAAUUGUAAUUUCAAAGGAUGUACUUACAAAAUUUGGUUACAUUAUGGAUACUCCUGAGACAAUCAAACCAGAACAAAACAGAACAUGUAGGCGGUGUAACAUAUCAUUUAAAUUGAAAGACCAAAUGAUUCCUACAAAGUGUAUAUACCAUUCUGGUCGAAAUAAAAAGAAAGAUAAACACGUAAGAGCGUGGACAUGUUGUGGUGGUAUAGUUGGUGAUUGUGAUGAGUGUAGUACUUGUGAGCAUCAUGUGUUUUAUUGGUCCAAUGCUGAAGAAAUGCAUCUGGCGAUUCCAUUUACUCACACAAACACUUUAACUGUGAACAAGAAUGCAUUUAAGGCGCUUGGUAUAGAUUGUGAAAUGGGAUUCACUACAUUGGGAUUUGAACUUCUUAGAACAACUGUAGUUGAUUUUCUCAGUGGUGAAGAGGUGCUUGAUAUUCUUGUUCGACCUAAGGGUACAAUAAUUGAUUUGAAUACGAAAUGGUCCGGGGUUGCAGAAAUCAAGGAAGAGGCAGUUAGUUUCGAAGAUCAUCUUAUGAUGUUGAAUGAAGUUAUGGAUAAAAACACGAUAUUGAUUGGGCAUGGGUUAGAGAAUGAUAUGAAUGCAAUGAGAAUAAUACAUGACCGAAUUGUUGACACAGCUAUUCUUUACCCUAAACACCAAACGUCACCUCAAAUGCGUUUCUCUCUUAAACAUUUGUGCUUCACGUACCUAGGAAGAACAAUUCAAGAAGGGGAGCAUGAUAGUGGAGAAGAUUCAUUGGGAGCUAUAGACGUUGUCAAGUACUUCCUUAAAAAGUAAUACAGUAAAAUAUCGUAUACAUAUAUUCAUAAAAAAGAGUUCCUCCAACUAUUUCUCUG